CGUCUGGAGGGCCGGCCCCUCCGUAAUGACUGGAGUCAGGUAACCAGCACCGGCCAGACCCGCGCGCUCCUCCUGCCGCACGGGCGCACACGCACGGACGGAGGCGGACACACAGGGGCUUUCCGGGACCGUUUCACCGCGUUGUUCCUCAUGUCCCGACUUUCUGCGUGAAAACAAACUUUCCCGACCAGUAAUAGCGCCAUCGGUGUAGUUUUUCCUUCUUUUCUUUUUUUUUUUUUUUUCUCCGUCUGGCGUUCAUGUGACGAUCGGCGCGUCGGGAGCAGGUCAGUGAAGGCAACAUCAGGUGUUCGACCACAGAGGGAAGUUUGUGUCGACUUUACCCACUCUCUUGCCCCUUCAUUCCACCCCUGAAAGGAGGAUCUCUGUUUUUUUUUUUCAGUCGUGUGCUUGUUUGAACUUUUAUUUAUUUGAUACUUGGUUUUAUUUCCUCUCCAGUUUGUUGGACUUAACAUAUCAAGUGGCCAAGGUUAAACAGGUGCCAGGAUGGAUGAGACGGAGAAGUAUAAACAGCGUCUGGAGGCCAUUGCGGAGAAGCGUCGGCUCCAGGAGGAGCAGGACAGAGCGAGGAGAGAGAUGGAGGAUGAGAGGUUGAGACUACAGCAGCUCAAGAGGAAAUCUCUAAGGGACCAGUGGCUAAUGGAGGGAGCUCCCUUGUCCCCAACGUCCCUGGAGGCCCCUCGCUCCCCGCUGUGGGGAUCUCAAGCCCAGGAGAUCGAAAAGAACAUUGACAAGUUGCAGUCAGAGAGUCAGCGGUUGGCAGAGGAGGAGGAGAAGCUGAAAGAACAGAUGGAAGACGGCCAAACAGAGCCAGUUAACGUGGCAGAGACAGCAGCGGAACUCAUCAAAGAGGUUGUGCAGAACGGGGAAAACAAUGUAGAAGUCUCAGGUGAUGCAAUGAAAAGUGAAAUCUCACUGGAUGAACCUGCAGCUGUCCUAACCAAUGGUGGAAACAUAGAAGUAGAAACCAGUCCCAGUGUGUCAGCGCAGGAAGAUCAGUCCAACACCAACGGGCCGAUUGUAGAUACCAAGGGUGUUGUUGGCAUGAUGUCCAGCCCAGGUUUUUCUGAGGCAGAGUCUGGCCAGGUUCCAAAUAUCAACAUUAAUGAAGAGGAGGAGGAAGAGGAAGGGACCAUGGUAAUUAGAGCAGAAUGUGUGAUCAUCACUGACGAAGGAGAUGAUGUACCUGAGGAUAGUAAACCCCAGGAGAAUGAGCAGACCAUGCCGCCAGAGGAAACCCCCCUUCCAAAUCAAGAUGGAGUAGAAACGGAAGAGACUGUGACAGAAUCAGAGAAGAGUGAGGCUAGGUCAGUCACAACUGAGGAGCAGCCACAAACUGGAGGUGGAGACAUGGAAGGUGAUGUAGAGCCAAAUGAAAAUGGCACAGAAGAGGACGACAAAUCAGAAGCCCCAACGUCUGUGCUACUGCUAUCCCCAGCCGAAGCUCAAGAGGGCGCUACAGUGGCUUCAGUACCCGUCUACUCUGAGACGCAGCCCUCUGUUACUAUAACUGAGGUAGAGGCUGAACCUGCACAAGCUCCAGAGGGAGCUGAAGCAGCGUUAAAACCCCAAGAACCUGUCACUGUGGAGUUCCAGGAGAUCCCUCUGGCUGAACCUAAGGGUAACCAGAGGACAGGAGAUGGGCCAGGGGAACAAGAGCCCCUUCUGUCUCAGGUCAAAGCCCCCGAGACUCAAGCAGCAGCAGCAGGUAGCACCCCAGAGACACCGAGCCCGAACAGGGUCGCCCAGGGAGACGACACCAAGGCACCCAAACGUAAAACCUGCCAGUGUUGCUCUGUGAUGUGAACCCUCCCUCCCUCCUUCUUCAGCCUGCCACCAACACUUCUGUUCCUUUAGAUCUGACUCCUUCACCAGCCAUUCUGUUUGACGCUUCCCUUUUUCAUACCAGUGUAUCUUCAAACUAAUAACCAUUCCCUCCUAACCCUCUGCCUUCAUUCCUUAUGUUCCUCUGGACAUUUCUUCAUCCCACUCCUGAGCUUUGAUACUCCGCAAGGAAGUGAACUCUUUCCAACGUUGAAAGGAGAGGGGACGGGCUUGGACUUGUUAGCGUUUAAGUGCCUUGCUACCUAGGACUAUGCAAUGUGGACCAAAAAACCUGUGGUGUUUUCAUACACCUGAUUUUAUUUUACCUGCUGGAACAUAAAGCAGACCAGGAGCGUAAAAAAAAAACCUCAUUUUAAAUGCAGUUAACCAAAUAAACAGACAGAACACGUAUUCAUUUAUACUAUUGUAUCCACGUUUAAUUCAUUCUGGUAAUUUUCCUAAUGUAAUUAUUAACAGGAGGAGUAUGGAGACCCAGAGAGGAUUUUGUUGUUAUUUAAUAACUCUACAGCUGAAUAUUUUAUUGAUUUGAAUAAAUGGACUGAACAUUUUAUCCACUCUGUAAUUACCAUGCUUCUGAUUCAGUAUGAGAUGGUUGUAAACACCAACGGGAGGUUUUUUUUAGACCAAAUAUGCUUUUUAAGAGAUGCUCUAGAGUGUGUGAGCUCUGUGAAUGUACAUAUAAUAUGUACAGAAAGCAUGUGGAUUUGCAAGUGACUGAGAUUGAUGAUUUGUUGAUUUGAUGAUUAAACUGGCAUUUGUAGUACA